AUGAGCUCAUCUACAAAUUUCGAUUCUAAUUACGUUUAAAAUAAAAAAACAUAUAAUUUAAGGUCAUUUGACUAAGAUAAAAAUUUCGACAUUGUAUAUUCUUAUGUAAGAUAUCCUACAUGUGCGGAUCUUAUUUAAUCGCCGUAUCUAUAAUUUAAAGGCUUAAACUUAGAGAUUGAUGGAGAUAGCAAGGAUUAGUAUAUAUAAAAUAUAUAUAUAAGCUAUGAUUUAUAUUGCGGCUAAAAACCUAAUUAGUUUUAAAUUUUUUCAGCUUGGAAACAAAAUUAACAAUACACUUAUGUUUAUAAAUCUUAAGACUUGUCCUCCAUGGAAAAGGAUUCUUGUGAGUCAUUCAAAAUAAGUUUAUUUGAAAAUAUGGAUUUAACUAUCUUACCUCAGAAAUUUAGUUCAGCUUCGAUUAAUUUUAAUGCCUAUGAUUCAAAUAAUAAGAUGCUUUAUACUUAACUAUCAAAUUUGUAGGUUCUCUUUUAUUAUGAAUGUCCAAUUGGCUGCAAGGGUUCUUGUCCUUAAAGGAAUUGCCAAGAUUGCUAAAGCGGCUACAAUCUUAAAAAUGGAAAAUGUGUAUUAUAAUGCCCUUAAAGCUAAUACGCUUAAUAAGAUUAAUCUUCAAAGUAAUCUUGCUUGCCCUGCAUUUCUAAUUGCAAUGAAUGUGCUGAUGGGAAUACUUGUAUAACUUGUGCUAAUGGUUUUACCUACGCUUUCGUUAACGGCUAAAAUAUGUGUCAUCCAUCUUGUAGCUAAUCUAACCAGUAUAUUGAUACAACAGGUUAAUGCUAAAAUUGUAUGUAAUAUUGCAGCAAAUGCUCCUAAGCAAAUAAAUGUGACACUUGUUUAUCAGGAUUCACUUUGAGUGAUUCAUUCAUUUGCUAAUGUUAAGGUUUUUUCAACAGCAAUAAUCAAUGUAUUCCUUGUGCUCCUUCUUGCAAAACUUGUAGUGAUAGCUCAAUUACAAGUUGCAAAUCAUGUAUAAAUAAUUACUAUGCCGUUAUAGAUUAUCAAAAUUAGUCAUUAUUUUAAUGUCUUUAAAUAUGCCCAAAUAAUUAUUAGCUAAUCAAUAAUACUUGUAAAAAAUGUAUUUAGACUAUUUACAACAGCUGUUUUAAUUGCCCUAGUACAUGUAGAUCUUGUUCUCCAUCUUAGAUUAACAAGUGUUAAGAUUGUUAUCCUGGGAUGCAUCUUAAUAGUAAUAGUUUAUGCGAACCUUAGCCUUAACCUGGACUAUAAAUAGAUAGUAGAAAUCUCAACUUUUAUUACUGUAGCUAUAAUAAUGUAGCAGUUGUUUAGGCUAGUUUUUCAAACUCAAGCCCAAGAUUAACUCUAGAAUUUGGAAUUAAUUUAGUUUCAAUAGCUGGAUUUAAUUGUAAUUAAAUAUUUGACUCUGUUACGCUGAAUCUCCUAGGCUCUAGUACAUGCUCUAUCAAUUAUUCAUAAAUAAUUGUGACAUUAAGUUAGGAUGCUAAUUUAAUGGUUAACUAAAUUAUAAGCAUAACUACCACUGCUUAGGUACUUUAAUUCUAAGGAUUUAGUUCAAAAAUUGAUACGAUUUAUUUGAUUUCUUAUGUUUAAGAACCAGUUACUCCUUAAGUGAAUGUUCUAUAUAAUUAAAUAGUAAAUUCUUGUGAUGACAUCUAAUUCUAAAUUUAAAAACCACAAAAUGAUGCAGGAAGAGGUUUCUUAAGUUUAUAAUGGAUAUUAUCUAAUUCAUAAGCUUUUAAUUAAGAAACUUUGUAGAAUUUAAAUGGUAUUAUAAAUAGCGCAAAUACACUUCAAAGUUUAACUAUACUAAUCCCAAAAUAUACUCUUCCCAUAAAUACAAGUAUAACAAUUUAGCUGACCUACACUCUGAAAGUCUAUUAAAGCAACAAUUUGUCAUUUACUACCAAUAAUUAAUUAAAAAAGCAAAUUAUUAUAAGUCAAGUUUAAAAUAAAUAUCCUCCAAUAUUUAGGUAUAUGGACUUGUAAAUCACAUAUUUUUUUACUAUUUAAUAAUGUGACAAGUAAGGGAUUCACUAUUUAUAAGAUUUGUUUGAUAUCUAAAUCACUUCAUUAGCUCUGCCUUCUAUUAGCAAAAGUUUAACUUAAUUCGAUGAUCAAUAAAUAUAAUUAUAUAUACAGCCUAAUCUUAUACCUGUUAGUACAAAUUUAGAUAUCAAGAUUACUGUGUAAACUAGUAGCGAUACAUCUAUUAGCAAUACAAAUACUUUAUCUAUUCCUUAUACCCUAUCAAAACUUUAGAUUCUAAUCUAAAAUGGAGCUAAUAUGCUUGUUGAUUAUAAAAUCAAUCUUACUUUGAUUGGAUUUGCAAGAGAUUACGAAAUUUAAGAUCCUAACUCUCCACAGGAAAUACAACUAAGUUGGCAAUGCAAAUCGUUGUAAGUAUAAAAUGGGGAUAACUAAUGCUACACUUAUUAAAACAAAGUUUAUGUACCAUAAAAUACUUAGAAUAUUACAAUAGAUGGUGGUACUUUCAACCCUUAUUAAACCCUCAGUUUCACUCUUUAAGGAUCAAAAGGCUCUAGAACUUCAUAGUAUAGCUCUUUACUUGUUUUCACCGAGAUAGAUCUUCCUCCUCUCUUAGUUAUAUUUGAUGACCCAAAAUAAAUAUAACAAAUUAAUAUAAACGAAGAUAUUUCUGCAACUCUUAUAUAUGGCUCAAAUGUACCUUCGGACAUUCUCACUUAUGCUGGAGCAGUUCUAUACAAUAACUAUGUUGUAGGAGUAAUUAAAUUUGAUUACUAUAAAGUUAAAUUUAGAAUUUGGGAUUAUUUUUCGAACAUAAAAGCAGAUAAUCUAAUUGUUCAAGUUAGAUUUACUGUAUACAAUCCUGAGAAUAUAAUGCCUAGCUUAAGUGUUACAAACUUUAAUAUAAACUUGCCUCCUUAAAAAUGCGUUCUUUCUGUUACUCCUUCAAGUGGCCAGGCUUUAAUGACCUAAUUCACUAUUCAAUUUAAUGGUUGCACAGCCAUUAAUAAUCCUUUAACUUACUAGUUCUUCUAUUAUAACCAGACCUCUGAUUUAAAAUAAGAAAUCUAAAUCCCUUAAAAUAUCCUAAGAAGAUAAUUAAAAGAUCAGAAUUUAGAAUCCAAAAUUACUACCAAUCUCCCUUCAGGUAAUAUAGUAAUUAUGGGUCAAGCUAUGGAUUCUUACUUAGCUGUCUUUAAUACUACCAUAUAAGUGAAUGUUUCUCCUUUCUAGGAAAGUGAGUAGAAAUUAUUGAGUUUAUUAGAUUCAGCGAUUUAAUAGAAAAGUACAAAAGUAAAUUAAAUAAUUAUCAAUUUAUGCGUUUUUGGUGAAGAAAUAGCAAAGGACACUCCUCUUUUCAAUCUAGACUCAGUUAACAUUAAAAAAUCCCUAUUAGUUUAGGCAAUUAUAAACUAAUCAAAUAUGCUUUCGAGUAAUUCUUUUCUGUCUACAUACGCAAAUAAAAUUAUAGCAGCUCUUCAAGGUUCCAUAACUACUAAAUAUUAAACAUAAAGUUAGAGCGUCCUUAAUUAAAUUAGCACAAUUUUGCAAAACUCAGAGCAAAAAAUUGCAAAUUAAGACAAAAAUAAUAAGUUAUUUAAUAAUAAUGACAUUAUUCUUUAGAAUUUGGUAGAUUGUUUUAAAAUAUUGAGCUCAACUACCCAAAGCAUAUCAUAAAUGCUCUAGUAGCUUAGUAAUAAUAACGGUAAAAGACUUUUAAAAAGUGAAGAUGAUUAUUUAAAAUCUAUAGACGCUUUAAGAGCACUUUCUUCUCCUUCAUCUCAAACUUUAUUGCAACAACAAAUGGAUUUAUCAGACUAAAUAGGAAAUCUACUAAACAAGAUUACCCUUCCCAACUAAGGAGAGCUUCAAUUACAAGAAUUACAAGGAAAUUUAAUCUCAAUAAACACAGAUUAAAUAACAUCUAAGAAUCUUUAAAAAUACAUGUUCAUUUAAAACUAGCCAUAAUAAUAGGAUUCAAAUAUAUUUAAUGUUAUCAUGACAAGCUAUUCUUCGAAUCCUUUUAUUCAAACUGAUGGCUUUUAGUAAUAUAUAACUUAACUUUAAAACACAACUCCUGACAUAUAAGUUUCUAUAAAUCCUGUCGUAAAACCGUAUAUCUAAAAUUUAAAUAAUGCCUCUAGUUAAGAGCUUAAUAAUUCAUUUACUCUUUAAUUUUAGAAUAUAAAACCAUCAAAAUAUAAUUUAACUUGCUUGUAGUAAUAAUCUUAAUCAAACUGGACUCAAUAAGACUGUAAACUGAUUGAAUCUAGUAAAACUGGCUCCUUUACUUGUCUUUGUAAAAAUCAAAAACCCACAACUAUCGCAGAAGAUUUAUAAGAUCUUCUUGAUAAUAAAAAUUUAAAAACGGCAUUUGGUUCAUAGGGAAUAUAAAAUAUUUCUAAUUUUACAACAUUCUAUGAGUAUGCUGUAUUUUGGAUUCUUUCUUCAGUUACAUUAAUAUAAAUAGGACUCUGCAUUUAUGGUAAUACACUAGAUUCUAAGAAUAAAAUUGCAUUUGUAGGAUCUAUGACAAAAAUAAAUCCAAUAUCUUUAACAAAUUUUGAUAAUUUUGAAUAAAAAAUUACAGAUGAUUAAUAUCAAAUACAACUACAUUAAUAAAAAUAAGAAUCUGAUAAAUUGUAAUAAAAGGAAUCGACUGUUUUUAUAAGUUACUUGCCAUAAAAAUAAUAAUCUUAAAGAGGAACGUAAUCAAAUAUAAACCUAAAAAGACCUGAUUAUGAUUAAUAAGGAAGUAAAUUAUUUGUUUAAUAAUAAGAAAACGAAAUAAAAUAUUAAAAAGUUUAGAAUAUUUAAUCAUUAUCUGAUAACCAAAGCAUUUAAAGUAUAUAUCUGAAUUCAAAAGAUAACAAAUAGGAAUAAAAAUUUGAUUAGUAGAACAACAUUAUUGAAUAGGAGAAUGUUAAAAAAACAAAUGAUAUUGAGGAUAAAAAUAAAUAAAUAAUUAAGAAUCUCGAAUGCUAAGGUUUACAAUUUUUUACUUAAGAGUAAUACAUUCAUUAAAUUUAUGGAUUUUAUGAAUCUAAAUAAACGACUCCUGGUAUAUAAAUUUCUAUAAAUCCUGUGAUAAAGCCCUCUAUCUAAAAUAUAAACAAUACCCCAAGUUAAGGGCUAAAUAAUUCUCUUACUCUUUAAUUUUCGAAUAUAAAACCAUCAAAAUAUAAUUUAACUUGCUUGUAACAAUAAUCUUAAUCAAAAUGGACUCAAUAAGACUGUAAAUUGGUUUAAUCUACCAAUAGUGGCUCAUAUACAUGUGUUUGCUAAAAUCAAAAACCCACAACUAUUACAGAAGAUUUAUAAGAUCUUCUUGAUAAUAAAAAUUUAAAAACUGCAUUUGGCUCAUAGGGAAUAGAAAAUAUUUCUAAUUUUACAACAUUCUACGAGUAUGCUGUAUUUUGGAUUCUUAGUUCAGUUACACUAAUCCUAAUUGGACUCUGCAUUUAUGGUAACACUAUAGAUUCUAAGAAUAAAAUUGAAUUUGCAGGAUCUAUGACAAAAGUCAAUCCAACAUCUUUAGUAAAUUCUGAUAAUUUUGAAUAAAAAAUUACAGAUGAGUAAUAUCAAAUGAAACUAAAUUAAUAAAAAUAAGAAUCGGAUAAAUUAUAAUAAAAGAAUUCCGUUGUUUUUAUAAAUUACUUGCAAUAAAAAUAAUAAACUUAAAGAGUAACGCAAUCAAAUAUAAACCUAAAAAGACCUGAAGAUGAUUAUCAAGGAAGUAAAUUAUUUGUUUAAUAAUAAUAAAGUGAUAUAAACAACCAAAAAGUUUAGAAUUUGUAGUCUUUAUCUGAUAACCAAAGCAUUUAAAGUAUAAAUCUGAAUUCAAAAGAUAGUAAAUAAUAAUACAAGUUAGAUUAAUAAAACAACAUUAUUGAAUAGAUGAACAAUAAAAAAACAAAUAAUAUUGAAGAUUAUAGCAAAUAAAAUAAAGAACAAUAAGAAAGUAUUGUUGAUAUAUUACAAGGAUCAAAAAACACUCAAAAAUUAAUGAAGACCUCUUUCUUGAAAAAGAUAUUAAUUUUUCACAGCUUUAGUAGUAUUUUCUUCGUUUACAGUAAUUAAGAAUCUAGAGCACUAAGACUUACCAUUUUUUACAUAAGAAUAAUCCACUCAUUAAGCAUAUCAACGAUAUUUGAUUAAUAGUAUAAUGAAGAAUAGAUUUUGCUAGUUUCACUUAUUAACUCUGUUAUCCUGAUAGCAAGUGUUACAUUAAUUAGAUUUUUGAAUAAAUCUAGAAAAAUAUUUAAAACGGUUGCUUUUUUGCUAAUGAUAGGUUUGCUAAUACUAUACUAUUAUAUCAUUUUAUCAAUUGUUAGUGGCCAAUCAGAGAAUUUCUCAAAUAAAAGGAUAUCCUCCUUUUUUAUAAUGUUUGGGGUAGAUUUCUUGAUCUUAUAAACAUUAGUCUCAAUAAUUAACAUAUUUGCCUUUGUUAAAAUAGUUUAAAAUGCGAUUUAAAAUAAAUUUAUAUUAAAAUUAUUAAGUUUAUUAUAAAUACAAGAUAUUUUAGAAAAUUUAACUUUGUGA